GAGGAAGUGGCGUGGGUGUCGAUGGCAUGGUCGUUGAGCAGCAAACUGGACAGAUGAGGAGGAGUCCUGUAAGCUGGUAGAUCAGGAUCCGCGAAGUCGGCGCUGUGGUAUCUCGACCUGGACGCGGAUAAAUCAAAGGGUUAAGGAGUUUCUACCCGAGGAGGUUUCGCGUCCGCGACGCGUGAUUUCUUUUUCUCGCCAAGGUGACACGGGAGACCCCCGCGAUCUCGGAUAACGCGUUCGGCUAACAGAGGAGGGGCCAUGCUCCUCGGUUAUCGGGCUUACGGUUCGAAGCAAGAAGGAAGAUAGAAGGACGGACGGACAGACGGACGAAAUGCGCAUUCAACAAUUGUAGAUGAAAGCAAAACUGGUAAAUACGAUUGAUAAUUAACGAUAUGGAUCCCACGGAAGAUUGGAAUGGCGAUUGCCAAACAUCGUCGGAAAAUCAAACGCAAGAAAAUGAGAGGAAAGAAGUUCAACAAAUCAUACCCGGCUAUGCAAAUUUUCACGAUUACCUUCAGGAAUCGUUUGAUGUAAUAAGAGCUGGGAUUAAAGCGGCCAAUAAUUUGCCAAUUGGAUCGGACUUUCGUUAUUAUUCCUGUUUUCCUAGUUUUGUUAAUGCUAAAGAUCGAAAUGUAAAAAGGGCCUUAAGCGUUAUGCAGUGCGUUAUGGCCACUGCGGGUAUUAAAAAUAAUAUUUCAAAUCAAGCCGUUGAUGAAAAGUUUGAUCUUUUGUUAGAAACGAACGAUAUCCUUCUGGACAGAGCUAAUGAAUUAAUGGACAAAGAGUCUGGUAUUACCAGGAGUUCUGAAGUAGAGUUAGUGGUAACGCAUGCAAACAAGCAGGUAGUAAAUGGAAGUUGGAACAGUGAAAUCUGUCGACCGCCGCAACCUGCUGAUAACGCUCAGUCUGUACGCUUGCUGGCAGGUAGGAAUGUUCAAAGACCUCAGCUAAUGUUCAAAGACAAAAUUGAUAACCGUCCGAAACCAUGGUGUCCCAAGAUUAAGGAUAAACCUAACUCGUUAAAACCGUUAUCUAUUUACGUGGAAGAGGGUGAAAAUGGUGAAGUAUUCAGUCACCCUUAUGAAUAUGAAUUGGAUAUGUUUUCACCUCCUGCCAGUCAGUUACAAAAGUCUCAACCGACAAAGUAUAAGUCCUUGGAAGAAACGCCGUUAGUAAUAAUUGAAAAUUCAGUCGAUAUUAAAUUAUUACUAGAAGACUUGAAACGAUACAAAGAAAUUGCUGUAGAUUUAGAGCAUCACUCUUAUAGAAGCUUCCAAGGGAUAACUUGCUUAAUGCAAAUUUCGACCGGGGAUACAGAUUAUUUGAUAGAUACUCUAUCGUUGCGUUCCGAACUGCAUGAAUUAAAUGAGAUUUUUACUAAACCAUCGAUUCUGAAAGUGUUUCACGGAGCCGAUUUAGACAUUCAGUGGCUCCAAAGAGAUCUGUCUCUUUAUAUAGUAAAUAUGUUUGAUACGCAUCAAGCGGCGAAACAGCUGAAUCUGCCGUAUUUAAGUUUAGCGUAUUUACUAAAACAGUACUGUUGCAUAGAUCCCAACAAGCACUUCCAGUUGGCUGAUUGGCGUAUAAGACCGUUACCGGAGGAACUGCAAAAGUAUGCUAGAGAGGACACGCAUUAUUUAUUGUAUAUAAAAGACAUUUUAAGGAAUGCUUUGAUAGACCUUGCUAAUGGACAGAUGAAUAUUUUGAAAUCUGUUUAUGAUCGAAGUACCGACAUUUGUAAAAAGACUUACAUAAAACCAAUAUGGACAGAGGAAAGCUGUAUGAGUAUAUACAGAAAGAGUCAAAAGAUGUUCAAUAAUAAACAGCUUUACGCCCUAAUAGAGCUACAUAAAUGGAGAGAUACUACUGCAAGAGAAGAAGACGAUAGCACUGCUUAUGUUUUGCCAAAUCAUAUGUUAUUGAAUAUAGCCGAAACAUUACCUCGUGAGAUGCAAGGAAUUUUGGCGUGUUGUAAUCCUAUUCCUCCUUUGGUUAGACAAAAUUUAUUAAAACUGCACAAGAUAAUACUGAAAGCUAGGGAACAACCACUUAUCAAACCAGUUCUUGGAGAACUUAGGCAAAGAUUAAAUCAGAGAAGUCAAAUGUCAAAUUCAGAAGCCUGGAUGUAUUCCCCACAUGAUAUUCCAAAUGAUAUGGAAGCUAGAGCUGAUUUACCGUGUCUAUUAGAUAACGUUAAUGUUGUAGAGACGCCACUCGCUACGAUAAAACAUAGAGUAACUGUAUUUGAUAGUCCAGCUACAUCUGAGGAUGAGGAAACAUUAAAGAAUCAGAAAAAUAUUAAAAAGAAAAAGUUUAUCUUUGUUAGUCCGUUUGAACGAUACAAACGCGUAAUUCCUGUGGUUGCGGAAGAAGAAGCGCGAGAAAGAGAGAAACAAAAGCAGGAAGAUGAAGAACGUUUAGAGAAGCUGAAGGAUACUGAAGCAGAAAUAGUAGAGAGUAAAAAACGAGUUUUUGAGCAUUUCAAACAAGUCUCUCAAGAUAGAUCAGAAACUUCACCGACAAAGAGACCAUCUAAAGCUCCUUUAAGUCAAAUGAAGGGAUUUAAAAGAAAAAGAGGUUCAAAUAUUGAUAAAGAAAAAGCAACGAAAGAACAAAAUAUGCAAGAAAGUAUCGUUAGAUUUCAGAAUAACAACGUUACUAAUUCAAUACGAUCGCGGAAAAAGGGGGAGAAGAAACGCGUUAUUAAAGAUUUGAACAAGCAGCAUAUGAUGCCGUCUAAAAGGUUCGAUUAUAAAGCAGUAGAUUUUAGUAGUUUUCAGGGCGGCAGUAAAAAUGCCCCGGGUCAAGGAAAACAAGUAAAUUUCGAACAAAAAAUGCCAAAAAAAGAGAAAAAACGAAAGAGGAAGAAGUUUGUUGUAGCUAGAGACUUAGAUAAAAUGAUUCUUUUUGUAUUACUUUUCAUUAAAUUAUCCUUACUUUCUACUGUGCACAACCAGGUUUUGAAGAAAAGUGCAGAUAUAAGUUUCAAUUACACCGAUGAAAAUUCAUUAACUUUGAAUAGUUAUAAUUUAUCGGACUUUCUGUUUUCGCCAGUAAAAUUUCAUACACGUGCUGGAGCAGAUUUUGAACCACAUCAAGUAGAUUGUUUAGGCCUAGGAAAAACGUUAGCCACUGCAUUGGAGUGGUUUUUUAUGAGUAAACCAAAUGGAUCAAACGCUUUGAAUGUUCAGUUUUUAUUAUCUUCAAGAAAACAGCCUGACCGUGUUGAAGUAAUUACUGGUAAACAGUUUGGUUUGGAGUGGACAGAUUUUCAAAUUGUACGAAAAACGGUUAUAAUAGUUCAUGGAUUUUUAUCACACAGUCAAGAACCAUGGAUCAGUAGUAUGGAAAAAUCGUUUCUUCAAUGGGGUGACGUAAAUGUUGUAGUCGUAGAUUGGAGUUCAGGCAGUAAUACUUGGAAUUACUACAAAGCAGCAGUUAAUACAAAAAUAGUGGGAUAUCAAAUUGCAAGUUUCUUAGAACACAUUGAAAAUGCAACAAGCACCGAGAGUAAUUGGGGGCCACUCUAUUUAGUUGGUCACAGUCUAGGAGCACACAUUUGUGGAGUUGCUGCCAAAGAGUUGAAAAAAAGGCAGAGCAAAUGGAAAAUAGAAAGAAUAACAGGUUUGGAUCCAGCGCAACCUUGUUUUAAAAAUGCAGACUCGACUGUAAAACUUCACAAAUCUGAUGCGCCAUUCGUUGAUAUCAUUCACACUAACGGCAGAUUGCUUUCUGAUAUUGGAUUAGGUUUGCCAGAGCCUAUAGGUCACGUUGAUUUCUAUCCUAACGGUGGCAGAAGUCAACCCGGUUGCGUAAACAUGAACUCGUCGUAUUUUGAAUACUUACCAAUUCCAAUAACAGACAUUAAGAAUUCUAUAUGUAGCCAUGGACGUUCAUAUAUCUAUCUAACAGAAUCGUUGAUGUCCGACGUUAAAAAUAACUGCACUUUCUGGGCACAUUAUUGGGAUUUAUCGUUCCGAAGCUUGAAGCAAUUAGCUAGAGAGUCUUGUAACAGAAACGUUUGCACUGAAAUGGGCAUAAACGCGAUCAAUUAUUCUCAACGCGGAACGUUUUUCGUUGCCAUAUCGGACAGCGUGCCAUUUUGCAGUAACAAUACUCGCAUAACAGACGAGGCGAUAACCGCGUUGGAAAAGGAUUACGUGGACCAACUGGAUGAUUAAAUUGUAAUUGUUUCAUAAAUAAGAAAACCUUUAAUUUUUGACGAUGUACGAAACUUAACUCAUUAAAUACAGCUAAGUACUAUUUACAAAUAUA